AUGGCUCCGACCGCAACAAGAAGGAGAAGUUGUUACAGGCGGCGAGAGGUCGAAAGAGAUAGCAGCCUGGAAUCAUCGAUGGAGUUGCCUUGUAGUCACAUUGGCAGUAAUAGCAGUUCCAAUGAUUCAUCAUGCAGGAAUAGCACUACUGCUGAUAAAGAAGACAUAAACCGUGUAGAAGUUUUGCAGACUGGAUGUUCUACUCCGAAGGGGCAAAGGUUUAGAAUACCAGAUACGUUAACUUGUCCACCAGCUCCAAUGAAACCCAGAGUUGCUCCAAAGUUGUUGUCCAGAAGGUCUUCAGCUAUCACCUUCUUUGCUCCUCCAGAUAUAGACCUUUUCUUCUUUCUCGCAUUUCAGAACGUCUCAGCUUAA